AUGGAAAUGGUGUGCCUGCACACAGUGCUGGUCCCCGUGCGGUGCGUCGCUGCCGUGACCUGGCUGUACCUGGCCAAGCAGACCUCCCUGCAGGUGUCCCUCCGGGACCCCAGGGGCUGUGAUGGUCUGACAGGGUUGGAUUUCCUGACACACAUGAAGGUGGAGUGCAAGUGCCAUGGUGUGCCAGGCUCCUGCGAGGUGUGCACAUGCUGGAAGGUCAUGCCUUCCUUCCACGAGGUGGGCAACAUCCUCAAGGAAAAGUUUGAGGAGGCAACAGAGGUUUACCCGAAGUGGGUCAGUUCCCACAAACUCCUGGUGCCCAAGAGCUCUCGCUUCAAGCCCUACACAGCUCAUGACCUGGUCUACCUGUUGGCCAGCCCAGACUUCUGUGACGGGGUCUUCGGCACCUCUGGCCGCCAGUGCAACCAAACAUUCCUGGCCAUGGAUGGCCGCGAGCUCCUGUGCUGCGGCAGGGGCUUCCACACGGCCCAGGCGGAGGUGGUGGAGCUCUGCAGCUGCAAGUUCCGCUGGUGCUGCUCCGUCAAGUGCAAGCAGUGCUGGUACCUCGUGGAGGUGCAUCGAUGCCGCUGA